UUUCCUGGUCCGACCUUCUCAUAUAAAUACGCAGGGUUACAAGACAAGAGUUCGUCAGAAAAUACGAACCCAAUGAUUCCUAUAUGUCCAGUGGUCUCCUUCACCUAUGUGCCCAGCCGGCUUGGUGAAGAUGCCAAAAUGGCUACCGGCAACUACUUUGGAUUUACCCACGGUGGUGCUGCACAGUACAGUCAGCAGCCAGCUGCGGGGGUGGCCUACACCCACCCUACCACCGUGGCCAGCUACACCGUACACCAGGCACCGAUGGCGGCCCACUCCGUGGCAGCAGCCUAUGCUCCCACCGGCGCCACAGUCGCCGUAGCCAGGCCUGCCCCUGUCGCCGUGGCAGCAGCAGCCACUGCCGCAGCCUACGGAGGGUACCAGGCGGCGCACGCCACCGCAGACUACGGCUACGCACGCCAGCCGGACGUCCCCCCGCCGCCCCCCCCUGUCACGUCCCAGAACUACCAGGUAGGAUACCAGGACUCCUACUCCUACGUACGGUCCACGGCACCAGCGGUAACCUACGACCCCAAGCAGUACUACCAGCAACCCGUAGCUAGCUCUGCGGUAGCCGCUGCGGUGGCCGUACAGCCCCAACCCACAGCCGAGUCCUACUACCAGGCCGCCUCCCUUAACACCUCCUGGGACACCACGUGGAAGAAAUCCCUACCAGCCCCUAAGACAGGCUACAGCCAGACCAGUCUGACUCCCUACACCCAGACGCAACAGUCUCGUCAGGUGACGGCCAUCAAGCCUGUCACUCCCUCCCCAGCUUCCUCCACAUUCUCCAUUUACCCAGUGUCCACCGUACAGCCUGUGGCCUCCGUCGUCCCCUCCUACUCUCAGAGCCCCACCUACUCCACCAACGCGGUCACGUACUCUGGUAAGCACGACAUGCAAGCCGUAGCCAGCAUGCACUACCUGCCAACUACCUACUCAACCAACGCAGUCACGUACUCCCAGAGUCCUACGUAUAGUACCAACCCCGUCGCCUACUCUGGUACGUCGUACUCGGGCUACGAGGCUGCGGUGUACUCUGCUGCCUCUACGUACUACCAGCAACAACAGCAGCAGCAGAAACAGGCGGUGGCGGCUGUAGCAGCUUCAGCAGCCUGGACAGGCAGCUCCUUCACCAAGAAGCCUCCCUUCCAGAGCAAGCAGAUGAAACCCAAGCAGCCCCCCAAACCACCACAGAUCCACUACUGUGAUGUCUGCAAGAUCAGCUGCGCAGGACCCCAGACCUACAAGGAGCACCUGGAGGGCCAGAAGCACAAGAAGAAGGAGGUGGCCCUGAAAGUAUCCCAGAGCAGCAGCAGCAGUAGUGGAGGUGGAGGAAGCUCAGCCCGGGGGACUCAGAACCAGCUCCGCUGUGAGCUCUGUGACGUCUCCUGCACCGGGGCAGAUGCAUACGCUGCACACAUCCGAGGAGCCAAGCACCAGAAGGUGGUGAAGCUCCACACCAAGCUGGGGAAGCCCAUCCCUUCCACAGAACCAAGUGUAGUGACCCAAACCUCCACGGCCUCCUCCAAGACUCCUGUCUCCUCCUCUACCACCCCUACAGGAUCCACCUCCAACUCCUCCUACCUGAAGCCGGUUAACAUCGUGAGCCAGGGUGGUGCGGGGGCCGGACUGGGGAAGGGUCUAGUGGGGAACAACCUAUCAGCAACCAAUGCCACCACAGCUGUCAAGAAGGUCAACACCCCCAAGAUCAACUUUGUCGGGGGAAGCAAGCUCCAGACUACCGGGAAGGUGGAGACAUCCAAGCCUCCUCCGCCCUCAUUGGUCCCCCAACCUCAGGAGACAAAGAACGAGUCCUCUGAUUCGCUGUCUACCCUGGCCGCCUUGCAGAAUGACGUGCAGCCCGUUGGACACGACUAUGUGGAAGAGGUGCGUAACGACGAAGGCAAGGUGAUCCGGUUCCACUGUAAGCUGUGUGAAUGUAGCUUCAACGAUCCCAACGCCAAAGAGAUGCAUCUGAAGGGCAGGAGACACCGCCUGCAGUACAAGAAAAAGGUGAACCCGGAGCUACAGGUGGAGGUGAAGCCCUCUAUCAGAGCCAGGAAGAUCCAGGAAGAGAAGAUGAGGAAACAGAUGCAGAAGGAGGAGUACUGGAGGAGGAGAGAGGAAGAGGAGAGAUGGAGGAUGGAGAUGAGGUACGGCGAGAUAGGACGUUAUGAGGAGGAGAUGUACUGGCGUCGUAUGGAGGACCAGCACCACUGGGACGAGAGACGUGGGGGCCCCAGGAUGCCAGGGGACGGACCAUACCUCCAGGGGACCCCUGGCCCGCCUGGUCUACUGGGGGUUCGGCCUGGCAUGCCCAUCCCUCAGCCACAGGGACCUGUGCCUCCCCGUCGGCCGGACUCAUCAGACGACCGUUACGUGAUGACUAAGCACGCGACCAUCUACCCCUCUGAGGACGAGCUGCAGGCCAUCCAGAAGAUCGUCUCUAUCACAGAGAGAGCCCUCAAACUGGUCUCGGACAUCAUCAUCGACCAGGACAAGACCAAGGAGACUACUGGGGAGGACAAGGAUACAAAAGAGGUUCCCAAGACUCCCCAAGACCGAGCUCUGAAGGGGGUGAUGAGGGUGGGGGUCCUGGCUAAAGGACUGCUGCUCUGUGGAGACAACAAUGUCAACCUGGUCCUGCUUUGCUCAGAGAAACCCACCAAGAACCUGCUAAGCCGCAUAGUGGAGCAUCUCCCCAAGCAGCUGACGGUGGUGACCCCAGAGAAGUACGAGGUGAAGGGUUCCAUGGAGAACUGUUCUAUCAUCCUGACGGCAGAAGCCGACCCCAAAAUGACAGUCACCAUCACCCUGACCUCACCCAGCAUCCGAGAGGAGGAGGAGACCCCUACCACACCCCCGCCACGGGACGGAGAUGUAACCUUGGUGAAAGACCCAGAGGACGUCUUGGACAGGCUAAAAUGCCUUGCCGCUCUGGCGGCUCUGCGGCACGCUAAGUGGUUCCAGGCUAGAGCGAACGGACUCCAGUCCUGCGUGAUUGUUAUUCGUAUCCUGCGUGACCUCUGUCAGAGGGUCCCCACAUGGUCCGCCUUCCCCAGCUGGGCCAUGGAGCUGCUGGUAGAGAAGACCAUUAGCAGUGCCUCUGGCCCCCUGAGCCCAGGCGAUGCACUGAGACGAGUCUUUGAAUGUAUUUCCUCUGGGAUUCUGCUCCCCGGUGGCCCCGGAUUGGUCGACCCGUGUGAGAAGAACCCCACUGAUACCCUGACAGCCAUGGAGGAGCAACACAGAGAGGACAUCACCUCAAGUGCCCAGUUUGCUCUGCGGCUGCUAGCCUUCCGUCAGAUCCACAAGGUGCUGGGCAUGGACCCACUGCCCCAGAUGAAACCUCGCUUCAACGUCUGCACCAACCGCAAGCGUCGCCGUGACAACAGCGACGGAACGGACGGAUUCGAGGGUGAAGGGAAGAAGGACAAGAAGGAUUUCGACAGCAGCUGCUAGGACCUGCCCCCCACCACCCCCCCACACCCCACCCCAAUUCAUUUAAAGUUGUGUGUGUGUGGCCACGUUUCAGGCUGGCUACAUUGCAGUUACCUGCCGGAAUCUCACGACACCUGGAUGUGUGUUUUUUUUUUAAGAUGAGCGCUAACCAUAAUCCUAUAGCAUUCUGAUGAUGGAUUGCCAUUGGUUGAUGCCUGCAUUGCAAUGUCGUCUGCCUGGAACGAGCCCUAUGUACUUCUGUCACCUACUACAGGUGGGUUUGUGGUAAAUGCUCAAGACCAACAUCGGACAGGGCCUGGUCCUGUAAGCCAUGAGUAAAUCAGGGUUGUAUUCAUUUGGGCACGUAACAGUGUUUUUAAACGGGGGGGUGGGGGGAGAACUGAGCAUUUCUAUUGUCAGUCCGUUUUCUUCCUUUUUGGGUCCCAAAUGAAUAUGACCCAGUCUUGACUGAAUAGGCCUAAUGCAGUACCCAGUUUGUCCACGAUGUUCUGUUUUGGUAGCGAUUGAUAUGACCUGUGGUUGGGACCUAUAAACAUCUCCUUCCUAGCUGAUUCUAUUCCCCUCCCUCCCAUUUUUAUUUCUCCAGUAGAAGUUACUACGACAACGGGGCUUCCUUUUUCCCAACGUUCUCCUUUUUAAACUUACGGUCUGUUUUUAUUGUUGUUAUAUUGUGUUACAGACUUUCCAGUCUUUUUUCGAGUUAUGAAAACGUAAACUAGAGUGAGAUUUUUUUUUUUUUUUUUUUUUGUUCCAGUUGUUGAUUUUAGAUCUGGAAGAUCUACGGUAAAUGUUGAUGCAUCACAUGCAUGUUAUUUCUAGUUGCAAAAUAUUCAGUGUUGGCCUGUUUUUUUUUUUUUUUUUUUUUUUGUAAAUUUAAAUACCCAUUUAUGAAGCACAUAAUUCGGACCAGUCACCAGUAAAAUGUUUUUAUUUUCCUAAUAAGCUGUAAUUUUCAAUAUGAUCUUCUUUUUUUUUUUUUUAAAGUGUCGUGAUGCUUGUUUUCAAAGUAAAAGCUACGGUCUUGUCCCAUGUUUGUUGUUGCCAGACUAGUGUUUAACACGGGCUCCUUAACUGUGGUGUUUGUACUACAUUUCUGAGGAAAACACUGAUUCCUAAUUUUGUUGUUUUGAACGUAGCUCUCUCUAAUAUAUAUAUAUAUAUAUAUAUAUAUAUAUAUAUAUAUAUAUAUAUAUAUAUAUAUAUAUAUGAUAAUCUUGCAAUAGAUCAAAGUGUUUUUAGUUUGGAUGAACUCACAGACCGUGCUUUCAGAUUUUGUAUUAUGGUUUUUAACAUUUUUGGUUUAACAGAUUAUAAUGGGACAUUUGUUGGCUUGCCCCAAAUCUUGGUUUAACAGAUUAUAAUGGGACAUUUGUUGGCUUGCCCCAAAUCUUGGUUUAACAGAUUAUAAUGGGACAUUUGUUGGCUUGCCCCAAAUCUUGGUUUAACAGAUUAUAAUGGGACAUUUGUUGGCUUGCCCCAAAUCUUGGUUUAACAGAUUAUAAUGGGACAUUUGUUGGCUUGCCCCAAAUCUUGGUUUAACAGAUUAUAAUGGGACAUUUGUUGGCUUGCCCCAAAUCUUGGUUUAACAGAUUAUAAUGGGACAUUUGUUGGCUUGCCCCAAAUCUUGGUUUAACAGAUUAUAAUGGGACAUUUGUUGGCUUGCCCCAAAUCUUGGUUUAACACUGCGUACAUAUAGUUCAUCUGAAUAAUGUAUAGAAAAUGAAAAAACCGAUUGGAUUAAAAAAAGACGAGCGUAACGUUGUUGUUUAAACGUAGAUCCAUUUAAUGUUUGACUGUCAGCCUGUCUCUGCCUGCCUCUCUCAGUCUGCCGCUCUCUGCCUCUCUGUCUGCCGCUCUCUGCCUGCCUCUCUGUCUGCCGCUCUCUGCCUCUCUGUCUGCCGCUCUCUGCCUCUCUGUCUGCCGCUCUCUGCCUCUCCCUCUGUCUGCCGCUCACUGCCUCUCCCUCUGUCUGCCGCUCACUGCCUCUCCCUCUGUCUGCCGCUCACUGCCUCUCCCUCUGUCUGCCGCUCACUGCCUCUCCCUCUGUCUGCCGCUCACUGCCUCUCCCUCUGUCUGCCGCUCUCUGCCUCUCCCUCUGUCUGCCGCUCUCUCGGUCUGUCUGCCGCUCUCUGCCUCUCCCUCUGUCUGCCUCUCUCUCGGUCUGUCUGCCGGUCUCUGCCUCUCUCUCUCGGUCUGUCUGUCUGUCUGCCGCUCUCUGCCUCUCCCUCUGUCUGCCGCUCUCUGCCUCUCUCUCUCGGUCUGUCUGCCGCUCUCUGCCUCUCCCUCUGUCUGCCGCUCUCUGCCUCUGCCUCUCUCUCUCGGUCUGUCUGCCGCUCUCUGCCUCUCCCUCUGUCUGCCUCUCUCUCUCGGUCUGUCUCUCUGCCUCUCUCGGUCUGUCUGUCUGCCUGCCUCUCUCUCAAUUCAAGGUGUUUUAUUGGCAUGGGAAACAUGUUUACAUUGCCAAAGCAAGUGAAAUUGAUAAACAAAAGUUCUCUGUCUGGCUCUCUCUCUCCUCCCUUCUCGGUCGGUCUCUCUCGUGUGCUGCCUGUCAGUCAGCCUUUCGUGCUCGCUCUGUGCCUGUUUGUCUCUCUGUCUGUUUUAGUACCUCCACUUUACCAUGGUCGGAAUAAAGACAUUUCCUGAAUGAAGGA